AUCAUCCAGUAUAAAGUCGGGAGCAAAAGUUACUAUAUUUUCCAUCCUUAUUUUUACACCUUUUUAGAGCAAAAUGGGUGUAUUAGAGGAAUUCAUAGGAAAUGCAUUUUAUUAUACUAUCGACGCACCUGUAACCUUUGUAAGAGACUUUGUUGAUAGCCAACGCAAGAGAAGUCCAUACUACUAUUACCACCAGCGAUUUCCUCGAGUUCCUUCCAUUGAGGAGUGUGCUGUUGAUGACUAUGUAUGCAUGUAUGAGGGCAACAUGCAGUACAAGAGGGACAGGCUGGUCGAUAUGGAGAUUUUAAAGCAUCUGCAGAAGGUUCUUGCUGACUGCAAUCUUAUGGAAGGACCCAACGCCAAACAAUCGUGCAAGGCACAACUUGCAGAGUAUGAAGAAGCUGCUGAUGGUUAUCAGGGAAAAUAUGGUGAGCUAGGUGGCACAGGGAAUGCAGUGAAAUGCAUGAUGAAACAGAAGGCCAGGCUCAUGGAAGAGAGGAGAAAAGCCAGGGAACAGGGAAAGGCAUAGAUCUGAUUUUCAUUUUUAAAUGUUGAAGUAUUGUGAGUCGUAUAACCAGAGUUCUACAUGUAAUUACAUGUACUAUCAAUCAGCAGUUCAAAGUGCGAUGUUGGUAUAGUGUGAUGCCCCCCAAAAAAUACAUGUUUCAUUGCAAAAAGGUACUUCUAGGGCCUUAAAGCACUUCAGACACUAAAAACUCUGAAAUUCAUUAUAUCCUGUGUAUAAAAUACCUGUUUGAGUGAAUUGGACAUAUGAUAUUGGUUUUAAACACAGGGCAAAGCACCAAAAAUGCUUAAAAAGUUCAUGGUUUCUGAUGUGAUACUGGGCAUAUAUGGACAAAACUACAUAUAUUGAUGAUGGAUUGAUAAUUAUGUCUAUGAACACUUCAACUGCAACAUAGUACAGUUUGCAUAAUAUAGUAUACCAGCAGAUUCAGUGGACUUUUACGUACACAUAAACUUGCUAUUUUGUUUUAUGAAAUGGUAUUUCGUUUAUCAAGCAACAUGUAGUGAAACAUGACAGAAUUCAGGAUUCCUAUUUUGAUUUUCAUGUCGUGUUCAGCAUGAAGAAAGUUUUAGAGAGUGAAAGAUUCGAUGAUUAAAACCCAAACAAACUCAGAAUUUCUUUCUUCCUUUAAUUCAAAAUAAAUCAUUCAAAAAAGUAAAAGAUGAAACAUGAUUAGUACAAACAAAGUAUGAACAUGUUCAAGCUUUGUGAAAUGUUCACAUUUGUUGAUUACAUGUUUUAUUGUAUGGACUUUGCACUCAAAAAAACAAACAUUAAAACUUUGUAGCUGGCAAUUUUUGUUUAAAUAUGGUUCAAUUACAUUAGGUGAUUGAUUGAUGAUGUUGCAUCAGUCAUUUGUGUUGCCAUAAUCACUAACUACAUCAGUCAAGACACUAGUGGAAGUUUCAGUUCUGAUAAAGCUAAAAGCUUGUUGAACUACACUCACUUGCAACUGCAAGCCUAGAAAGAAUCUGUCUGAUGGAGGAGUUUUUAAACAUUAUUGAUGUUUGUAGGCAGAGCCAGACAUAGUCUCAGGGGAGCACAUUCCCGGACGAAACAAACUGACUGACUUUUUCGGUCGAAUGCAAGCUGUGAUUGCUUGAAUGCUUAUACCACUCACAAUGCUUAUGUUAUUUGUAUGUAGAAAACUUUAUCAUCAGGAACAUUAACUGACAUCUGUACUACUUUCACUCACACAAAUAAGUUUUCUUUCCAUUGUUUGGACUGUAUUACGUCAUAAAGUGACAUUAAGUUUGCAGUUUGUGUGGUAAAAAAAAAAUUAUGAACUGAAAGGCCCUGAAUGUAUUGAUUCAAAUAGAUCAAGGGGUUCGGUGAGUUACGAGUAGGACAGUUGGUUGAUGUAGUUUACACCCUUAUGUGAAAGGGUUUGAGAAUCUGUAUUAUAAGAAACAAACCACUGGACGUUUGUCAAAAUCAUUAAAAUGUUGUAAAUCAAA